GUUGCUAUCGGUUUCAGUACACUUUCUGGUUUUCCCCCGGCACUCAUCACCUUGACAUAUUUACUGGCUCUUAACACGGAAAGUAUUGUGCAUAAUUUAUCGUCACUACACGACAAACAAUAGCAAACUGACUCUGGCACGGAUCUGAUCCAGAGGUAGCAUAGGCUUUGGAAUGGAUCCAAUACAUGGAAUGGAUGGAAGGAAGCAAGUACCGUUAAAGAUGAAGACACGCACUCCGCAAGAACGUUUCUGGUGCAAGUAAUAGUCACCGGUAUUAAUGGGUUAGCGUUCAGACCAAGGCAGAUGAAUCCGUGAAGACCAUCGUCUUGUUUUUCUCCAUUUUGUCGUUUUGGGAGGAUAACCUGACAUUUCUGAGAUGUCAGAGGCCCCUGACUUUUAUUCCAUGAAUAUUAACCUGCUGAGAGAGCCGGUUCUGAGGCGACUCUGCGAGAUACUGGACAAGACAAACAGCAAAGGAUGGCGUAAACUCGGUGAGGUGGUCAGCAAUGACAGACGCUUCAGAGUGAGCUCGGACGAGAUGGAGCGAUGCUCCCUGAAAGUGCUGGAACUGGAGGGAAGCCCAACGCGCUGCCUGCUGAGACUCAUGGGAGAUCGCGGCUGCCUGCUAAAGGACCUGGUGGACUUCCUACAGGCUAUGGACCACACCGAGGCUCUUCAGUGCAUUAAGCCAGCAGACCUGUCACCAUCACUAGGAAUAAGAAUUGUCAUGCAACCGCAGUCUGUGUCCGCUGUACCUGGCCAAACGGUUCGACUUGACUGUCACGCCGUGGGAAAUCCAGGCAUGCAGUACCAGUGGUUCAAAACAAAAGAUGAGGUGCCUAAUGGAAUCUUCCCAGAACUGGAAUUUAGUCCAGUGCAAGUAAAGGAUACCGGUUACUACAUCUGCCGGGUAAAUUAUGGCGGCAUCUUUGAGUUCAGCAACUGGGCCCAAGUGGAGAUUCUGGAUGCCACACUGACAAGCGGCAUGAUGUCCCAGUCCUUAGAGGGUCGGGUGAAGGUUGUGCUGCAGCCCCAGGAUCAGAGGCUGCCCGAGGGGGCUGUGUUGGAGUUGGAGUGCGGGGCAGUGGGGAGACCCAUACCUGAAUAUCAGUGGUACAGGAACGGGGUGCCCCUCCAUCAUGCCUGCAAGAGGAAAUACAUGGUCCACGUAGCGGCCAAGGAGCACGAGGGGAAGUACCGCUGCAUGGUGUCCAUCAAGGACGAGCGCACGUGGUCGCGAGAAGUGGAAGUCCUCAUAGACAGUUAUGAUACCACCAGGUACCGGAUUGCAGAAAAGCCCUUUGCAACCGACAAAGUUGCCUUGCUGAUCGGGAACCUGUCGUACCAGAACCACCCGCAGCUAAGGGCACCCAUGGUUGAUGUGUAUGACCUCACCAACUUGCUGCGGCAACUCAACUUCAAGGUGGUGUCCCUGCUGGAUCUUACUGAGUCAGAAAUGCGCAACGCCGUCGACGAAUUCCUGCUGCUUCUGCACAAAGGCGUGUAUGGGCUCCUGUACUAUGCGGGCCAUGGCUACGAGAACUACGGUAACAGCUUCAUGGUCCCCGUGGACGCCCCCAACCCCUACCACUCAGCCAACUGCCUCUGCGUGCAGAGCAUCCUGAAGCUGAUGCAGGAGAAGGAAACUGGCCUGAAUGUCUUCCUGCUAGACAUGUGCAGGAAGAGGAACGUCCAUGAUGACACCACACCCAACGUCGUGUUGAGAGUCACGGCUAACAUCGUCUUUGGAUAUGCCACGUGCCAGGACGCAGAGGCAUUCGAGCUGAACUCGAGCGGAUUCACCAAUGGCGUCUUCAUCAAGUUCCUUAAAAAGCGCCUCCUGGAGGACGAGAAGAUCACAGUGCUCCUGGACCGUGUGGCAGAGGACAUGGGUCAGUUUGACCCCACCAAGGGCAAACAGGCCCUGGAAAUCCGCAGCAGCCUGUCGGAGAGGCGGUCCCUUACCGACCCCAUCCUGCCCAGAGGCUGCUCGGACGAGGCCCAGGCUCGCAACCUGCAGUGGGCAAAGGCGCACGAACUGCCCGAGAGCAUGUCCCUGAACUUUGACUGUGGGGUGCAGAUCAAGAUGGGCUUCGCUGCAGAGUUCUCCAACGUGCUGGUCAUCUACACCAGCAUUGUGAAGAAGCCCGAAGACAUAUCAUCCUGCCAGGCCUAUGUCACCAACUUCAGUCCGGAGCUUGACGUGGAUCCCAAGGAGAUGAACAGGGUGACCCCUGAGGAAACCGGAAGCUACCUGCUGUCCAAGAAUUUGCCUCAACACUGCCUGUAUACCCGCCUGAGCUGCCUGCAAAAGCUCCGGGAGCAGCUGGUCUUCACAGUGUGCCUUCAGGGCACCUUCACAGCUGUGGAGGAGCUGGUAGACUGGACCAUGGAAGUGAACAUCGGGAAGCCUCUGAUCGCCAAGCUGGACCUGCACCGGCCCGUGCGGCGCAAUAGCUGCCUGCAGACAUGCCUGAUGCCCCACAGCCCCUCCCACAGCCCCUGCCACAGCCCCGGGGCCGAGCAUCUCCAGCCACACUGCUACUUCCCCCCAGCACACGGUAGCACGUACCUGGAAGUAUAUGAGCUUCCCCACAGCUCCCACGGCGCCCUCUACUGGGGGCACCCGCACUGCGACCCUCCCUUCUACAGUCACUACCACAUGGGUGACGGUGAUGAGGACCCUCCCUUUCUGGAGUCCCACAGUAGAGUUAACAUUCCCAUAGAGGCCACGGACGACAUUGACGAUCUGCAGACAAGCUUCAUCAACAGCCUGCAGAUUCACGGCCAGCAAUGACACGCCGGUCACCGGGCCAAACAGUAGCAUAUUGUUAGCGGUAGCAUCUUAACAGUCCUUGUUCCUGUUUUACCAUUUGUGCGGCAGCUGGUUAAAUGUGUAGAAUUUUGUCAUAUAUAUACUUUGUGAAUGUAGCCAGUACCCAGAAGGAUUCUGCUCUGGAAAACAGCCGGCUGUAUAAAUGGGUAAAACUGUGACUUUGGGAAAAUAAUACGUCUUUCUAUUUUUUGUUGGCAAUAACGAAUCACCGGCGGUGAGUACUGUCUGAAUAAUCACCUUUGUAGUGUAGCACUUAAGUCGUCAUUACAUUUCUCAUUGCAUAACCCGCAGACGGGGAUUACCUUAAGCCACCCCAUCUGCAUAUUGAUACCAUCACCAAUUACACUUGAAGUCUCCGCUACUUGGUUUCUUCUUGCCAAGUCAGAAUAUUUCAUUUCCUGUCAGUGCCUGGAAGCUUGAGGCCUCGGUGUAUCCGGCAUAGUGCCUUAUGCAGCACUGUUGGUCAGCUGGAAGCAGGACAGCAUUGGUUUUGGUUCAAUGCACUGAACAGAAGAUGUGCUGUUCGGAACUCCCUGGUAUUAUAAAUGCAGCGUUGAGUGGAUUAUUACUGUCUACCUUAUUACUAUUAAUAAAAUGUUGGUUAUUUAAUGUAGCAAUCGAUCACUAAUCCAACACAGGGUCUCAGUGAAACGGAUCAAAACAUACAAACCCCAAAAAAAGUGCACUGAUAACUGUGAGCUGAUCAUAUGGGCACCGUGUCCACAGGGGGCAGAACAACCCCCAUAACCCCCCACCAUCCCAUUAUGAAUGUUUGUGUUUAAUAUGAUUAUAUAUUGUUCUUUUAAUAUGGCACUCAAUGAAAGGUUUAUGUGAUGUUCCCCUGUGUCAGAUGCAUUUCUGAAUCCUGUGAGCCAGUAAUCAGCUCAGUUUCUCUUUGAUGAAAUGUCAUAUGUGCUGUUUCCCAGAGGCACUUAAUACUUUUAAUACUGGAUCCCAUUUAAACCCCCCGUUUUCUGUGCCCACUUGUCUCAUGCAGGGUUGCGGGGGUCCGGAGCCUAUAUCAGAGGCUACGGAUGCAAGACAGGGAAUAACCCCGGAUUUGUAUUGGCAAUGUACAAUAAUAUAUGAGUGUGUGAAAAACCAUUUGAAAUGUCAGAUAUUUAAACAUGGGUAUCCAUUUUGUACUUAAUCACUCAUUCUUUCAUUAAUAAUGAUUCACUUUUGCCUAAUUAUGAAUAGCUCUACAUCAUGACGAACGCCUUAUGAUCAUUCAGUAUAGAAUAUGAAAACUUUUUAAGUCACACAGGGCCUCGGCUUGAUUUAAAGGGAUCACAUACCCAAGAGGUUUGUGGAAGCUAAGGAAAUCUCUUUAAGUCAUUGUACGACGGAUUUGUCUAAGGUGUAGCUGCAGAUGUGCAGGACUGUCAGUUACCAACCGCACUUUCACAGUCUUGUCCAAAAGGUGCAUGUAUGGUAAAGGGAAACAUCACGCUUUCAUAACUGACAGCGAAGAGUUAGAAACGGUGUUUUCAGACAGGAAACUAUAGUCCUGCUAAAACAUACUCAAACUGCACGCAGCAGCGCAGUGUUCCUCUCGCAAUAUAUUUUUCUGAGUUAUAUGAAAAAUUCUGUGUAACUGUUUCAUGAGGCUUUUAAUAAACAUCAAUGCAGCCUA